AUGCAGUGUCUUUCUAUAAUGAAUUGCUGGCUUAAAUGCAUGAUGCUUGAUCCUUACAAUCAAACAGAUCAUCCAGAGUGUAAGUCACGUCCAGAUAGUGGCCUUUCAGCUAUCAUAGAACUUGACCGAGGUUCUCUUUCAUCAGUAUGGAAAGAAUGGUGCAUUGAAUUUGGGAUUGAGGCAAAUGCUAUUCUUGCUGUUCCAUAUGAUUGGAGAUUGUCACCAUCAAAGCUUGAAGAAUGGGAUUUGUACUUCCACAAGCUAAAACUUACCUUUGAAACAACUCUGAAGAAUGUCCCAUUGUUGCCACCAUCACCUGUGGCAGCAUCGUUCCACAUGCCUUUGUUGGGGUUGCAGAUGAUCUGGAUGCAAUUGUUAUUGCAUUCAGAACUGUUCCCUAACACCCUGAGUUUAGUUUCAUCACCAUCAUCCAGUUUAGAUGUAUCAAGACAGUUUGCAAAAAUCUGA